AUGCCAACAGAAAAAAAGAAACGCACAAUUCCCCCGCCACCGGGACUAGACUUUGUUGCAGAGCCGCCGGAUACGUUGAUAGAGGACUUGCGCUACACGAUGGAACAUGCAAAGGACUUCUUUGCCGACAUCGCUUGGGAAUUUACGUCGGCUCCUGUGCCGACUGUUAUAUACGCACAUAAAGCUAUCCUCUACGCAAGAAGUUCCCGCCUGUUCCAAGAAAAAUACCUCAAAAACAAAGAUAGUUCAUCUUCAUCCGCUCGCUCGAUUCGUCUUUCUACUGUCGAACCUCUGAUCUAUCCCACAGACGCCAAUUAUAUUGACUUCAAGCACGAAUUAACAUUUUUCUACACGGGUGAAGAAGGCUCACAAGAAUUUAUGACUGCAGUGGAUACGACGGAUGAAUUAGAGCAGGAAAAACUAAAAGAAGAUUUAUUGUACAUGUUAAAGUCAAAACUAUACACUGACAUUGAAUUAACACUCAGUGUGCCGGAUGAUCGCCUUGAGAUAUUAUCCGAAGAGGAUGAGUAUGUGUCCAAGAAUGUUAAGCCAAGGGCCAUGAGGGCUCAUAGGUUUAUGUUACGUGCUCGGUCCGAUUACUUUAGAGCUAUGCUAGAAUCCGACUACGCUGAUUCUCGUGCUGCUUCCACCUCCCUCGAUGCGUCCAUAUUCAACGAAACGUCUCUAGACAUAAUCCUUACUUUUAUAUAUACUGGAACGAUAUCUUCAAAACCUUUGACACUGGAAACAUGCGAAAUGGUCUAUAUUGGCUCUGACUUUCUCGGGAUAAAAUCGCUCGGCGACCUAUGCGUUCAUCGAAUAGCAAUCAAGGUGCACUUUUUUUCUUGUACUUGCACAGAAUGUCAGGCAGUCAUACCCCGUGUGGCAACAUUUUCUAGAGAACACGAAGUCGACAUAUUAUGGCAAGGUUGUUUACACGUAUUGACACAUGGAUUCGAUGCAAUGUGGCCGCAAAAGGCAUUCGCCGACUUGGACGAAGAUAUAAGGGAAGAAGUUUUUCUAAAUUUGUUGACGAACAUACAGAGUAGUCAGAUUGUUCAAGUGUUCAAAGGAUGUCGAAAGGUAUUGGCUAUUAUUGAUGCGAAAGGAAUUGGAUUACCAUGGAUAGAGACUAUUAGACGGAUGAUAUCACAAGUGCGAACGCAUAUUACUUCCUUGUUAGUCGAAAAUUUUUCAGAAAUUUGUGAUCAUGAUGAAGAGUUUCUUAAUUGCGUUGACGGGAUCGGAUUUUCGUCAGACUUAUUGGAGGAUAUUACGACUAUUGUCGUCGAGGAAGGCUUAACGGAAGAUAACGCAGGGGUUAUACUCGCCUGUAUUACGGGCAAAUUACUUACAAGAGAAACCGUUUCGGAAGGAGAUAGCUUGGAGUCAAAGAGAGUUUUAUUACAAGCAAAACAAAAUGUAUUCGAUUAUGUGAAGAAGAGGUGGGUUGGUGUCAGACAGUAUGGCGGAUUCAGGGGAAUGAGUUCAUGGUUGCUGAAUGAAUUUUCACAAGAACUGAAUGUUCCGGUAAAGGACCUAACUGACAGUUCCUACCAACAAAGUAAACCGAUGCCUUACUUCUCUAACGGCUCAAGUAGUUUCACAAGCAUGACGAAAUCUCAAUCUCGAGGUCUGAGCACAUCACGAACAGUCACAAACCCGGCGAAUAACGGAAAAUCAUCCGCAUCGACGUCAGCGUCCACAAACGGCAAUGGAACCAAUGGAAGUUUAAAAAAGGACGAUUUGAAAGAAACGCAAUCAAAUCAGAGCGAAAAUGGAUCGAAAACUACAACAGGAAAAUCGGGUGUUGGGAGCUCUAAUGGAAGCACGAGUAGUUCCGCAACGUCAUCAGCAACAAACGCUAGAGGAUCAACUGUGACAAAGACAAAGACCACAUCAGCUUCAACGUCGACUUCCUCCUCUUCUUCUACAGUAUCGUCAACGAGAAAAGGCAAGUCAGUUCGAAUUGGUGAGACAACCACGACUUCAUCAUAUGAUCGUCCUACGCGAGCGAGUGUAUUGCGACAAAAAGCACUAAAAGAAGCAGCAGCAAAGGAUCCGAUUAAGGCCAAGAAUAAGACUAACAGUCAACGACAAUCAACAGCCAGCAUUUCAAGCACAAAAAGUUCUUCUUCAACCACAUCUAUAACCAUCACUCAUUCAAUAGAUAGACCCAAACCCAGCUCAACAAAAUCUUCCCCUCAAAUCGGCAAAGCUUCGUCCUCUCGCACGCCGACGAAAAAAUCGUCCACCGCUAGUCUUACUGUUCCCAAGACCUCACCGCUAAGAGGACGAGAACCGCUUCAAAAGUCGCCGACUUCCACACCAUCAUCAAGAGCAAGCUCGGUUGCAUCUACUCGUUCAAUAUCGUCGCCUUCGGUUUCACCUACUCGAUUUGGCGGAGUAAGACAAACGCGCUCAAGUAUGUUACGGCAGAUGAAAUUUGAUGAGAUAGAGCAACGACGGGGGAGAGGGCGAGACAGGAAUAGUACAAAGUCUCCUGGAUCUUCACGAGCGAGUUCUAUCGCUUCCGUCUCUUCCGUUUCUUCAUCGACGUCUCACACGCUUCGACAUCGAUCGCCAUCGCAGUAUUCGACUUCGACGACGGUUACUACUGCCUCGACGUCGUCGAUUUCUAGCUUGCCUCCGUUACCGUAUCAAGUCAAACUGGCGACAACCAAAGAUCCUGAUAUCUCAGUAGGAAGAAGAGUAAUUUUGCCAAAGAAGAAUAAUGCAAAGGGGACUAUACAGUUUUUGGGUGAAACAGAAUUUGCCAAAGGAAUUUGGGUCGGGAUCGGUUUGGACAAUCCAGUUGGCAAGAACAAUGGCACUGUCGCUAAUGUCAAAUACUUUGAAGUGGCGGGCAAUCACGGAAUAUUUGUUCGGCCUGAUUGUCUUUUGCUAAUUGGUUGA